UUUCUCUAUCUAUAGACCCAGAGAGGCAGGGAAGUAGAGCGAGAGAGAGGGAGCGUAACUUGUAAGUUAAGUGAGACAAGGAUAUUUUAGUUGACAAAAGACUGACCUAAUGGAUGUUAAGAAAUAGAGACUUUAGAGUAUAUUUGUGACAGGCCUUGGAUUAAGAAGAUGGAAUUUUAUCGCAGGAAAAAGGAAAUACGCAAAGCUAUGAGGCUGCUUUGAGCUGCAUAUUUACAUUUAGCUUCGGAAGAAUCAUAUCAGCUUACAAUAGAAGGAUCAGAAUCAACUGUGGAUGGAGGGGUCUGGCAGUCCUCGCUUCAGAAAGCUCCAUUUCCCUGUGGGUCUUUGGAUCAACUCGCCGAGGAAACACUUUGCCAAGCUAGGGGGUCGCUGGCCGAGCGCUAUCUCUGUCAAGUCAACCACCAGCUCUGACGCAGCCUCUCUCCACGAGGCCCCCUCUGCUCCUUCCUCUUCCCUUUCUACCUCCACCCCCUCGCUGGCUUCCCCUGCCCCAUCCCCAUCCCCUUCCCCGGCCUUCCUCAGGCCACGGCCUGCUGGGCCCCAGUCCCGCACAAAGCGCCUUUCCCAUCUCUUCCUGCGAGGGCGCUCCAACAGCGACCGGGACCGGGGGGUGGGGGAAAGGGAGAGAGAGGUUUGGGCUCAUUCAGCUGCUUCAUCCUCCCAUCAUUACCUCCCUCCUGCCUCUUCCUCUGCCCCCGGCCUGAUCAAGAUCUACGGGGAUGCCCUCUCAAGCGGGGCCAACUACCGCUCCCUGCUGGCCAACAUUCACUCUACAGCAAGGCAGCUCAUCGCCCAGGUCAUCACUCGGUACACUGAGAGGGAGAGGGAAGAGACAGAUGACGCAGUUCUCCAGAAACACAGCCCCGAGGACUUCCUGUUGUGUGAUGUCAUUGGAAAGCCCAUCCCGCAGCCAGAUGGAGCUAUCAAAUGGGAGACAGAGUGCCGGAGAAGUGUUGCCCCAUGGGAAUGUCCCCUGUUGUUAGUGGACAUGUGGCGACCUAAGGAAGGAUUUGAACGGCGCUUUGAAAUCCAAAGAAAGGAUGACUAUGAGAGAGAAGAGAUGGAGAGGGAGAAGGAGCGUGAGAGGGAGGGAGAGAACUAUCAAGGUGUGCGCUGGCGGCGGAGCAGGAUGUCAUCAGGGGGUGGACCAGAGGAGAGCGAGCGAGGUCAUCGAGGAAGAAACACAGAGCUCAGGAGGAGCAUCAGUGACAUGAACCUGAGUCUGCGGCGUCGCCAAGGCAACCACGUCAGUAAAGACCAACGUGGUCCAGGCAACCGGCCGAACAACAAUGCAGCGGUGCAGGACAGGAAGAAUAUCGUCAGCAUGAUCAACCCACAGCCAGGAGAGAUUAGAGCUUCAAAAGCUGAAGCAAAGGUUGGAUGGACAAACCAGCCAGUCGAGGACGAUAGGGAUUACUCCAGCUGUGACCUGGAAGUGAUGUCACAAAGUUUAAUCCUUCCACCCACAGAUCGACCCUAUUUUCUAUUGCUGCAGGGCUACGACCAGAGCAAGGAUUUUGUUUUGUACAUCAUGGCGGGACAUACGCAUGUGUUUGGAAGAAAGCCCACAAUGAGAGAGAAGGAGAAGGAUCGAGAGAGAGAAAGGAAGGGAAAGAGGCCUCUGAAGGUGGACACAUUUCUCUCUGCUCCUGACCUCUUGGCCAGACACUUACUGGUCAGGAGAAACUCAGCUGUUCCUGAAACGCCCACUGGACAAGCUUUGAUGCGGCCCUUCAGAGGAGGUGCAGUCACACACAACGGGGUGGCCCUUUACAGGGAAACUGUCCUGAAGCCAGGGGAUGUGAUUGGUUUGGGGAACCACUUCCUUUUUCUGUACCGCGACCCCCGUGUGACUCCAGCUCCGCCUCUGGCAUUGACUCUGCCAUGGCAGGCUGAUGUCUCCACUACCUGCUGCCCUUCAGGGAUGGUAGACAGACAGGAGACACUGAGGACGUACCUAGGAUCUACAGAGGCAGUCCUGAAGUUCCAUCCCCGUCAUACAGAUUCCCUGUUACAGGAGAUAAUCUCCAAAAAUUCCUCUCCAGACUCUUGUGGCGGACCUUUAGCUCCUGCGUAUCUGCUGUCAAUCAUGAUUGAUCAUGCCUCCAAGCACCUGGACCCUGCUCUUACACCCCAAAUAUUACUAAAGUCAGCAAAUCUCAUUAAAGAAAUUGUCUGGGAUAACAUUAAGGAAUUUGGGGAUAAGCAUCCCACGCAAAACUCCACAGAGCAGGAAGGUGAGAUCAGCACGCCAAAUGUCCAGAAACUAUCAUCUGACCUUCGACCGCUGAUGUUCUGGAUGUCAAAUGCCACAGAACUCCUAAACUUCUUCCAGGUCAAAGUUGAGGCUAUGGAAAAAGAGUGGGAGUUUGAAGCCCCAGGAGACCCACUUUUAACAGCUGACAUGGACACCUGCUCAGAAGCUCUAGCACAGCUGGAUGAUGUCAUUAUGCACACCUUCCAACAGUGUGUAUAUCACCUCACCAAGACCCUCUACUCGCUCCUUCCAGCUCUUCUGGACACCAAUCCAUUCUCCAACGAAGAGAAGGAGAAAGAUGGAGCUCGAGAUGCAGAGGGAGAAGAGAAAAGAGGAGGGGAAGGAGAGGUGGAUGACGUGUCUGCCUUACCACCUAAAGUUGCUGGGCUGGUGGAAGUGUAUCGGUGUUCCCUGAUGCUGUCGCGCGAGGCGUGUUUGUCCCCGCCGCUAACCUCCCAAACCUUUGGCUACCUCUUCUUCUUCACCAACACCUCCUUGCUUAAUACUCUGCUGGAGAGAGAUGGGCUGUUUUCGUGGUCCAGAGCGGUCCAGAUCCGUACAAACUUGGACCUGGUUCUGGACUGGCUACAGGGGGCUGGAUUAGGUGACAUAGCCUCAGAGUUUAUGAAAAAACUGUCAAUCACAGUCAACUUCCUGUGUAUUCCCAAGACUCGACUUAUCCAGUCAUCCUGGACCAGUCUACAGGAGGACCAUGCCUUGUUAAGCCCUUCUCAGCUGCACCACCUGCUCAACCAUUACAAGCUGGGUCCGACCAGAGCCCCACCAGCAUCCUGGGCCCCUCCACCAGGAACAGAGCUGUGUGGAGACAUCUUUGAGAGUUUCCUGGACCAUCCUCCUCUAAUCUUGCCAAAUGAGACUCCACGCCUUGACCUCUCCCAGCCAAUCCCAAGUCCUGAGCUCCAAAAGGAAGUGACACGUCUCCGCACCUUCUUGUGGGGACUUGACCAGGAUGAGCUCCCUGCCAAUCAGAGGACUCGGCUUUGAGGAAGCCCAUAUUUGUAUCACUUAGGAUAUCUUGUAAAAGAAAAAAAAAUUGCACCAGAAACAGCAAACUAACUGCACACUCAAUAUGCUUUUGGCAUUUUGUUGUCUGGUUGUUCUUUUUUUGGCAUUUCCAUAUCAAUUCAUUUAUUCAUUUAGAUAUUUUCAAGUAAAAGAAAUGUAUUGGCUUUGGUAUGUCUUUAUAAAUUUGUUUUAAAGCAGGAAGUUAAGCCUCAUGUCUCUGUCACACAGUGUUAAGCUUUAUGUGACUGUUUGAAUUGGCUUUCAUGUAUGUUUUUUUUAACUUCUCGUUUCCAAUAAAACACUGAAGUUUGAAAGA